GCGGGCCACGGCGCAUGCGCCCCGCACGGAACGCGUCGGAGCGGUUAGAUACGUCGAACUAGUCAUCGAACCAGCCACUCUGGGGCGACGGUGCCAUACGAAAUUUCACAAAUAGAUGUGACAAACACGCGACUCCGCAUUUUGGGACUCCGAAAACAAACAUCCGAUCCAUUCGCGCGUACUUCGUAACACCGCCACGUCCUAUACCGGGGCUGAUCUGUAUGUUUUUUCGGUGGUCGUCGCAUGGCGGUAUUCGGUCGGACGAUGCCUGAUUGUUAAAGUUCGCUUUGCCGUCUUUCAGGAGUGAUGACAUCGAUCCGCGCCGAACAGAAGAAGGACAUGGCGACUGUUUCGGAAACUCUGCAGAUCUUUGACAAGUACAAGACGCGGGAAGACGACGAGAGGAGUUCGGACGAGGAGAGCUUCCACUUGCCGAUCGACGACGAAGAAAUUGAAAAAAGGGAUGGUACUGUACUAACAAACGGCAAAGAAGAAAGCGAAGAUGACAUCCUGGACAAAUUCGAGUCGUCCUGUCCCCAACCCGACAUCGAUCCAGCUCUGGAAGAGUCCCUACUCAAUGACGACGAAAUUCCCGCCAUCUCAAAUGAAAAAACAAACAAAAAAAGUGCGUCCAAAAAAAGUGUUACUAGAUCCGCAGCGAAGGCUUCUGAAAAAAAUACGAAACAACAGAGAUUAAGCAGAAAAAGUGCGACAGGGGAAAAGAACUCUCAACAACUCGAAAAGACUGACAACCAAAGCACGAAAGACUCAAAUAAGACUGACAAUUGCGAAGUUACAGACAAAACUGUCCAUAAAAAAGAUGAUCACGUUGAUGAUGGGGAACAAUCGUCAAAAAUAAAUAGAGAUGAAACUGAGAACACGGAUCAGGACAAAAAUGAAGAAAGUAAAACAAAAGAGGUGGAAGAACCCGACAAAUGUGAAAACUCUAAUGAUUCAAAGAGCAAUAAUUCAGAAGGGGAUCUGUUAGACAUUUCCAUUAUUAGAGAUGUGGAUGAAGACGAUGCGAAUGCGAGGGAAGAGGACGACAAAGAUCGCCAGUCAAGAGAAAAAGUUGACAAUGAGGAAGGAAGCGACAAAGUAUCGGAAUCCGGAGCUGAACAACCGGAACAAUCACAUGUCGACGAAGAGGCGCAUCAUAUUGAAAACGAUAAGGGGGAGGCAGAUGUUGAAACUCAUAAGGAAAAGGACACAGGUGAAGAACAAGACAAUGAAUAUCAAGAUGUCGACAUGAAGGAAAAUGUAUCGGAAAGUACGGACACAACUGAAAAACUAGAUCGGGAUGUUACUAAAAUGGAUGAGGAUGAAAUAGAUACGGAAAAGGAGAACGAAAAUCCAGAUAUGUCUCAGGAUGAAGAUGAUUUGCCUCUAAAAACCAUCAAACGUUCACUAAGUUCAACGGAUUCGGAUAGUUCACGGAAAAAAAUUCGCCUAGACGAAUCCACGUCCACGGAAUCAAUGAAAUCUGAAUUUGAGGAAACACCCAAAUGCUUGACCACAUUUGCACAAUUCAUGUCAGACAGAAAACUGCCCAAACUCACUCGUUCCGACUUGGAACAAUUCGCCCUGCAGAAAAUCUGCGAAGCAAUCAUCAGAAAAACUAAUGUAGGAGAGCUAAAUCAAAAAGUGAAAAAGUACGAGGCCAUCAUCGAAACGUUGAGAAAAGACGUGGCGCAGCUGGCGAAACAGGCCCGAGACCUGGAAAUCGUUAACAGGAAAUUGAUGAACGAAAUCAAAUCGCAGACAGGGACCGAUAAGCCUUUGGUACCUCUGAAGAUCACGCGGUCUGUGGGGCUCCAAGUGAAACUUAACUAUCCGGAGGGGUACAGAAGGAGAUCCACGGGGUCUGCAACCGGGUCGCCACAAAAAAAUCCUACUCCUCAAACUACCAGAGGUCCUAAGCCUGCUCAACAAGUGUUCAAUAGGAUGAACAGUACGCCAAAAACUUCUCCAAAUCUGCUGGCUCAAGCGCUGCAGCCUCGACGAGUGGUUACAAAUCAAACGCCCACGCCCCCGCCCAAAUGCAACGUCACCGUUCGCAAAUCAUCAGAAUCCCCCAGAUCAUCAGUCAUCGAUCUCACAGACGAAGACGAUCGUGCCAACAAGGGCCGGUCUAAAUCUGUGCCCCUGAACAAAGUCAAAACCGUCACAGUAUCUCAAAAUAAAACCAUAAACGUGGGUAAUAACAAAACAAUCACGGUCAACCAGACGAAAACGAUUCCUCUCAAUCAACAGAAAACGGGUAUGUCCCCCGCGGGUAGAACCGUGGCCACGAUACCGCAGGGUGUGCGAUUAACACCCACGCAACUCAAGAACGGCAGCAUCACGUUACCUGGCGUCGUGGCUUCGGCGAAUUCGCCCCAGUUGAUGUACGUGGUGCAACCGUCAUCGCAGGGUCUUGUCACGACAACGGCGGGCGGCACUCAGAAGGCAGUCUUCGUUAACUUCCAACCCACCACCAACGGCAUGCUAACGUCCCCCCUAAACGGCUCCACCGUGUCCAUGAUCCCGACGAAGACGUCCAGCACAGUUCAAAUAAAACCAGUACGUAACGUCCUGAAACACCCUGCCCCGCUCCCGGCUCCUCCCGUUAUACGAGUGACGUCAGAUCAUCCUCUCAAGCCAAUUCCGCCAAAACCCCACCUCAGCAUCAAGAAAAAAGACUCUGGCAUCAUUCUGCAGUGGAAGAUGCCCUAUCCCCUGGACAACUACGAAACGAUAGCCAGCUAUCAAUUGUACGCGUACCAAGAAACCAGCGGCACCCCGACCACGGAUAUGUGGCGGAGGGUCGGCGACGUCAAAGCCCUGGCGCUACCGAUGGCGUGUACACUGACUCAGUUCGCCGACAAGAACAAAUAUUACUUCGCGGUGCGGCCGGUGGAUGUGCAUAAAAGAAUAGGGGCGUUCAGUGAUCCUGAGGAGAUUUCCUUGUAAACAUUGUGUACAUCUCGAGCGUUGAUUAUGUUAAGUUUAAUUAAGGACAACUUUUUAAUUUACAUUUACUUGUCUAAAGAGUGGACAGCGACAAAUCUCUGGCACUUUCGACGGCGUGUGCACUGACUCAAUUCACCGACGACAACAAAUAUUACUAUGCAAUGCGUAAAAGAAAGAAUAAGGGCGUUCAGUGAUCCCGAGGAAUUUCCUUGUAAAUAUUGUGAAUAUCUCGAGCGUUGUUUAUGUUAAGUUUAAUUAAGGACGAUUUUUUUAAUUUAUAUUUACUUAUAUUAAAGAAAAUAAGGAAAACUUA